AGAAACUCAAAUUAGUUGAAAACACUUGACUAUCCCAUUCACUCAACAGGAGCCCCGAAAUUCUAUGCUCAUAAUUAUUGCUAUGUAAAGGCUUGUCUAGCUAUCCAUAAACGUCAUACUGCCUAUGUAUAUGAGGUAGGAAUGGAAUGGAUCUACGGUCCGGAUUUUUUACUACCUCAAGUACUAGGUUGAAUAGGUAGGUACACAAGACAUCGACUCGGAGCGUUGGUGAAGCAACACAGCUCACAAAGUCUCUGAACGAAUCUGUGUUUAACAUGGGUGAUUUCGAUCUUAAUUCGAACUUCAUUCCUGCGCUUCAUAAACCUUCGGCUUUGUUACCUAUCGCCAAGCAUCACGAUAGCCUGCUUUAUCUCAUCGAGAAAAACCCUGUCACAAUCGUCGUUGGUCAAACAGGCUCCGGCAAAACCACGCAAAUACCACAAUUUCUCGAGAACGCGGGAUGGUGUUCAGACGGAAAGAUAAUAGCUGUUACUCAGCCAAGGCGAGUAGCUGCUACAACAGUUGCUGUCAGAGUAGCUGAAGAAUAUGGUUGUGACGUAGGAAAAGAAGUUGGUUAUUCAAUAAGGUUUGAGGAUGUAACAUCUGCUGUUACCAGAAUCAAAUUCUUAACUGAUGGGCUACUCAUUCGAGAAGCUCUAGUUGACCCGCUUCUAUCACGUUACUCCGUGAUUAUGGUCGACGAAGCUCAUGAGAGGUCUAUAAGCACAGACAUUCUUCUCGGUCUUCUAAAGAAGAUUCGAAAGCGAAGGCCAGAGUUGCGAAUAAUUAUCAGCAGCGCCACCCUCCAGGCGGAGGAUUUCUUAAAUUUCUUUUCGGAUCAGUCUGAGAAACAGGAUUCUUCUGAUGGCGAAAAAAAUGAAAUUGGCUCUAUCAUUAGUCUCGAGGGUAGAAUGUACCCGGUGGAUACUCUUUACUUAGAAACACCGGCAGAGGAUUACGUUGAAAAAGCAAUAUCUACAGUUUUUGAUAUCCACACUCAAGAACCGGAGGGCGACAUUCUUGUUUUCUUAACAGGUCGGGAAGAAAUUGACACGGCCGUGCAAGCAGUUGCAGAACGAUCAGCCCAACUUCCUUCGGAAUCUCAGUCAAUUUUGGCUCUGCCGCUCUACGCGGGAUUAUCAACUGAACAACAAAUGUCCGUGUUCGAUGGGCCACCUGAGAAUACACGAAAAGUUAUAUUUUCGACCAAUAUCGCAGAAGCGUCUGUUACAAUUGACGGCAUCGUCUAUAUCAUUGACUCCGGUUUCGUGAAAUUGAGGGCUUUUGACCCCACAACCGGCAUCGAGUCAUUGACCGCGACGCCCGUCUCGAAAGCAGCAGCAUUACAGCGUGCGGGAAGAGCUGGUCGUACAAAACCUGGCAAAUGCUUUCGGCUCUACACCGAAGAUGCAUUUAUAGAGCUGCCCGAUGCGAACAUUCCGGAAAUACAACGAUCUAAUCUUGCGCCAUUUAUCCUGCAACUCAAGGCGCUCGGUAUCGAUAAUGUUGUACGCUUUGAUUAUCUAACACCGCCGCCCGCGGAACUUAUGGCUAAAGCAACCGAACUGCUAUUUUCAUUAGGCGCCUUAGAUGAAUAUGCUAAACUAACAAAACCUCUGGGCAUGCGGAUGGCAGAGCUCGCAGUUGAGCCUAUGAUGGCGAAAACGUUACUUUCGGCUCCAUUAUUUAACUGUCUUAACGAGAUAUUGACAAUAGCGGCGAUGACAAGCCUUGGUGGUUCCGUAUGGAUUCAGAGAGAGGGAGAGAAAAAGUCGAUGGAGUCCAGGCGACGGAAAUUUUCUGUCGAGGAAGGCGACCAUUUGACGCUUUUAAAUACCUACCAAUCGUUCCUAAAGAAUGGUCGGAAGGACCCGUCGUCAUUUUGUUAUGCCAACUACAUCAAUUACAAGGCAAUGACUCGUGCUGUUAGCAUUAGGGCACAAUUGAAACGUUACUUAGAACGAUUUGGGAUAACGACAGAUGAGAGUCUCGAAGGAUCGACAAUUGGCAAGAGUGAACAGAUUCGAAGAUGCCUCACAACGGGCUACUUCGCCCAUGCAGCGAGGAUGCAGUCCGAUGGAAGCUUUCUCAGUAUUGAUGGGGGAACGACACUCCACGCACAUCCUAGCUCUCUCAUGUUUAACCGAAGAGCUGAUUGGGUGAUCUUCCACGAGGUAAUCGAAACUGGUAGCAAGAUCUUUAUUCGCGACAUCAGCAAAAUCGAGAAAGGGUGGCUAUUGGAGUAUGGGGCGGGCUAUUAUGAGAUCAAGGCUUGAUGGUGCAAGUCUGUGCCGUAUUCCGACGACGAGGUCUACCUGAGAAAGGCAGUUGAGGUUUCUCGUUUAAGAGAAGCAAUUCAUGAAACAAUAUUGAAGCUAGAUUUUUGAGGCUGAGACUUGAGUGGCCAAUAGCAAGGGCUGGUUUUAAAAAGAAACAGCAGAGGGCUUACCGUUAGCUUGGUGCGCUAGCUAAGCUGUGUAUGGGAAUUCCCGGAUUUAAAAAUGUUUCCAAGGCUUCUUGAUUACUGUAUUCCUCCCUAAUAAGUAACUCACAGUGGUAGCUUAUACAUAGGAUCUCAUCGUCCGACUUGGCUAAAUACCC